CCACAGCCCCGCGUGGAGCUGGCCUGGGCCAUGAAGGCUCAUCAGCACGCCCAGGUCUACUUCAACCUCAUCUCCUCCGUCGACCCCAAAUUCCUGAACCUGACCAAAGUGGACGACCAAAUCUACAGCGAUUUCAGGAAAACCUUCCGGGAUCUUAAAAUCGACGUCCUCGACCCGGAGGAGCUCAAAUCAGAGCCGGCCAAAGAGAAGUGGCGCCCGUUUUGCCUGCGCUUCGAGGGGGUGGUGGAGGAUUUCAACUACGGGACGCUGCUGCGGCUGGACUGCAGCCAGGGCUACACGGAGGAGAACACCAUCUUCGCCACCAGAAUCCAGUUUUUCGCCAUCGAAAUCGCUCGCAACAGGGAGGGCUGCAACAGCGUCGUCUACGGCCGCGCCAAGGAGGGAGCCUCGGGGUGAGGAUGGGGAUGAAACACCCCCCCCUCCCCUCCCUUUCCAACCUGUAAAUAAAACAUUUUAAAC